AUGGACUGUUCAAGGUAUCUAGAUAAAUGGCAUGUUUUGACAGCAUGUAAAAGGAACACUGAAAGUAAGCUUCUUCAUACAGGGGACAGUGCUGAGAUGGGCCUCCGACGAGGGACGACGCAAAAGGACCAAGGCCAGCCAACACAAGAAGGGGACUCCUUUGCCGAACUAUGUCCGGCUUUCAACAUUGGUGAAAGCGGAGUCUCGUGUGCAAGGGAUCUGCAUCCAAUCAUUGAAGUGUCAGAUUCAAGUUUUAACACGUGUACUCGUUCUCUUUUAAUGGAGAUUGUGACAUCUCUUGAGCUCUUUUCUUUCUAUCUUAGAGAUGCUAUGUACAGGGUUAGACUGGUCUCGUUCUGCAGACAAAGAGUACAUGAUCUACAGCCAAUCCCAAACAUGAGGCUAGAAGGAGAAUGGUUAGCAAGACUCAAUCUUACUGUGAGGUAUAACUCCAUUGUCAUGGAGGAGUGCUCAGAGCAAGAACCAACCAUGGAGAAAAUGGAGGUCGUCCCGAUGCUGUUUCUUCUGAUUUUCUCCUCGGUGUUGUGUUGCUCUGGAUAUCGCUUCCAACUCGAGGAGGGCGAAACUGGACGGUUUAUCUACGAAAUAUCUAGCGGACACCAUCAAUAUUGCACGGUAUGUAAAACAGGGAAUAAUGAUGAACAGAACAGGAGGACGCAACAAAGAGAAUGUAUUGAUAAUAACAUUAAACGAGAAAUGCCAAACAAUGAAUCCAAGCCUAUAUGUAAGGAGAGAGAUACCGAUGGGAGGAUUCUAAGUUGUGGUCCUUUACCAGCCAUAGACGGUUUGUCUUGGAAAACAAGAUCCGGGAGACCCAUCCGAAACAUGAGCACCGUGUACGAAGAGUAUUUCCCGGAAUGUCCUCGGAUGAAUAUACUGGAAAGUAAUUUCAGCAGUAUCCGGUGUGGGGAAAAGCUAACGUGGAACGUAAAUCCGACAGAAUUCCGAUGUCUUAAAGGUUGUGGGCCACUUCCAGAUCGUUUUGAGUGGAGGAUGGGGAAUGGGAGUAAGGCUGGAAAUGAAAGUUUGGCGGGAUAUACGUACAUCGGCUUGUGUCGUCUGGAAUUCAAAACACCAAUAAUAGCACACUGUGGCAGGGACUCCAUCUGGCACGACGACCCAUCCCAAGUUAUUUGUCCAUCAGAGAAAUGUGAUGAGUGGUACUGCAGUAUGGAAAUUCAAAUUGUUUUCGCUCUGGUAAUGUUGCUGAUACCCGUCGUUAUUGCCUCCUUGUAUUGUGUACGCGUCAGUAAGAAAUAUGCAAAACGUUCACUAAUUCGAAAACAUGGAGUAAAAAAAAAAAUUUUAGCAGACAAGUGGGAACCUGAUAUACCCACAUCUGAUACCGAGAGUUGUAAUGAGACUACAGAUACUGAAUCUACAAAUCAAUCCACCGAGGAAAGUAGAAAACCCAUGGAACACAUGGAGAUUCCUUUCUGCAAGCAAGAUGAAAAUAUAAAGGUAUUUCAGACAUUACGGACUGGGGUGAACCAAGAGGGAAUAUUGGAAUUUACUGUUCAGAGAGGGGAACUUGUUUACAUUGCAACGAAAGAGAUCAUGUUAAACUCAAACAGCUUUCAAAUAAGGCGUAAAGACGAAGUCCACUAUCGAGGAGCAGCUAUAUAUCAAUUCCUACACUGCAUAAAGGAAAUAGAACUUUCGGAUGCUGGUUUAUAUUACUGGACCACCACCGAAAGCUGGCCAAAGAGAAAUGCAUUUUUGUUGAGGGUGGAAGAUCGGGGACAACCUGAUGGUCUUGAGUCCAUUAAUUCCAGUUUCCACUUGAGUUGCGAUGUGCAACAGGACGUUCUUGAUUAUUUUUCUUCCAUUUCGAACAUGUGUUUGGCUUCCCCACCUUCAUCAUUAUCCACGACUAAAGAUGAACUAGAAUGUAAGCUGAAGAUAGAUGCAAUCUUUAGGGAUAUGGAAGAUCUCCGGAAACAGCUUUGUUAUUGUCUUGAUAGUUCGACUUCCUUUCAGUUGCGAGGAUGCUGGCGCGUAAUUGCCAAAACUUUCCUUAACCGAACAGAUGCAUAUAUUUCAAGUGUGGAGUGGCACAGAAAAGGGGACCCUGAUAACGGUCCAUCAAAUCUAAUUUUAAAUGAUUUAUGCAGGGCCAACCAGAACCUUUCUAUCGGCCAACUUGUAGCAAAUUUACCUCCAAAUUUAGAUUUACUGAACACCAUUUUAAGGUUUCAUGAUGAUUGUUAUUUUUGCAAUCGUCUUUUGUACGAAACCCAACAAACAGAACCAAAAGUAUUUUGAAGUGCGUGAAAAUAAAAUUAAAGGUGGAUUCAAACACUUUUAAUAGAUACACUGUGUAUUUUGAAAAAUGAAAAAAAGUGCUGAUGGGCUGUUCAAGGUAUCUAGAUAAAUGGCAUGUUUUGACAGCAUGUAAAUGGAACACUGAAGAUUGCAGGUCUGUAGUAAGCUUCUUUAUACAGGGGGCAGUGCUGAGAUGCUAAACCAUGUAGGAGGGGGGAGGCAUUGUACCAGAAUGAUAAUAGACAAACUAAAAAAAAAAUCAUAGAAUGUAGACAUUCCUGAAAUCCUGUGUGGGAAGGGAGUGGGAUGGGGCUUGAAAGAUAUCUCAAAGGUAAAGUGGAUCUCUCAGCAUCUGUCAUUAUGUUGCCAAAAUUUUUGGGAAGGACUGUCAUGUCUCUCUCCCAACAACAUUGAUCACUUGCUAGGAGAGUUUAUUCAAAUCAAAAAAGAUCGGCAAGAGCCAGGAUAAUGAGAAUUUAACUAAGAUUUGCACUCAGCACUAUAUUUUUGACGUUUUUUUUUUUAAAUUAAAGUUGUUUUUUUUUUUUUACAAAUAUUUUUAAAUUGUAAAUAAUGAGGGAAGGAAAUAAGCGUAUUUUUCCUGUAACAUAUAUUAACAUUGCAGUAGAAAUGAAUGCAUAUAAAAGGAAGCAAAUAACUUGUUAAAGCUAAAACGCUGGUGAUAUCUUCAGUUUGUGCAACUUUUUGCAUUCUGACGAUGGGAAGUUUGUCACGUAUUUUGAGGGAAACUCUAGUCGUAAAAAAGAUAUGUAGACCCCUUAUUUAAACAUUACCAAGGAAAACAGCACUGCCCUUAAUCACUAUAGACGAUGUCUUUUACAAUUGUUCGUUUAUACCGGCUAAUUUAAUUACUAGUAAAUAUUUUCAUAAUUAUUUUAU